AUGCAAGUAAGCAACCAGCUUGAGUCUGGAGGGUUCAAAGUAAUCACAGCUGAUAUGAUGCUCUGGUUUGCAAGCAAUACUUCAAUCUCAACGCCUUUCCUCCAACACAAACAUAUUCCACCAGACAGUCUUUUAGCACUUUGUAUCUCAAAGUUGUGGAAUCCAAGGAGAGCCGGUGAAUAUCUGUGGGCAGAGUUAUCCCAGCUUGAAUGGAAUGAGAAUUUUGGUGGUUGGAUAUGGAUUCCAUCUUCGAGAGCAUUCCUUUUAAGUGAGAGGCGUGUGAAGAUUAUGGCCAUGCAUUCAUCAAAAAAGGUACCUAGAGGGACAAGUUCCAGGCAAGGAGGGGUUUUGGAGAGAUCAACUGAGCUUUGGUUUUUAUUUUUGGGUAUGAGUGUUAUGGCCAUUGGGUUAUUGGGCAUUGUUUGGGUUUUGGUGUCAUUGGGCUUGAUUGGUUCUGGGUUUUGGGGUGGGCUGUCUGGAAGAGAAGAAGAUUAUGUUGUAGAGUUUGUUAUCAAGGGAUCCAAUGGGUACGUAACACGUGGCAAUUUCUCUGUAGGUUGUGAUUCUGGAUAUGAGUGCGCCAACUUUGCCACAGGUGUUCCAUCCGCUGUACACGUGCCAGGAUCUGUUUGUUGUUCAUUCUCCGAUGCUAGUGACGGGAAGGUUAGUUCACAUGUCACUGCUGCGGAUAAAAUUACUGGUUCACGCGCCUCCAAUUCUGGCCAUGAUUGUGGGUUUUCCAAUGAAAGUUGUAAGGUUGAUAACGCUCUUGGGUUUGCUCGAAGCUGGGGACCAUAUUCCCCAGAUUGA